CGCGGCGGGCCGGCUGGGCACGUCCCGCUCUGCUCCUGCGGGGGCCGCUGUCUGGCUGCCGCCUGCGACGCGCGGGGCGGGGCGGGGGGAAAGGUGCUGAGCGAGCGGCUCGCCGGCCGGCCGGCAGCCGGAGCACUGCAGAGCUGCACCGCGGAGGCGGGGGGACGGGGACGGCGCCUUCUCCCUUGGCAGCGCCGCCACCGCCUCCUCCCUGCAGCUCCUGCGCUCCCGCUGCCCCUCGUCUCCGCCGCGGCGCCCAUGGAGCAGGGACCCGGCGGGGCAGCCGCGGGGGGAGCGGCGCUGCUUCUGCCCCUCAGCGACACGGAGCAGCAGCGCUACGCCGAGCUCUUCUCGCUCUGCUGCUCGCCCGCGCCCGAGGGGGGCUCGGCGCCAGCCCCAGCCGCCGGGGGGAGCAAAGUGGGCGACUUGUUCAGGGCGUCGCAGCUCCCUGCGGACACGCUGCACCAGGUCACAGAACUUUGUGGGGCAAAACGUGUGGGUUAUUUUGGUCCGGCUCAGUUUUAUGUUGCUUUGAAACUAAUUGCUGCAGCGCAGUCUGGCCUUCCAGUACGGAUAGAGAGCAUUAAAAGUGAAUUGCCUCUUCCUCGGUUUAUGGCACUGAAAAAUGACAUUGAAAUGAGAUAUGGAAAUGCAGGAGAAAUACAUGGAGUCAAAUUUCAGAUUCCACAUGCAACCUUGGAAAAAAAUUCCUUCAAAAGAUCAGAUGAAGGGGAUAAAAAGCAGGAAACCAAGUCUCCCCCCAUGUCACCGAUGUGUUCACCUCCUGCUUCUCCAUCUAAUUACCAGAGAAUACCCUUGAGUUAUGGCUAUGGCAGGUCAAGGAGUGGGCUUGAACAGCCACAUGGAGUUCCUUAUGAAGCUAGACAUUCUACACAACAACAAGAUGGACAAGCAACGGGAAAUUAUGGAUCCAAAUCUGCACUUGUACAUUCCUCUCUGAGUCGGGUAAUGAAUUGCAUGUCUCUUUCAGUAGACAGGGAGCCACAGGACAGCAGUAAUUACCCAGAUGACCCCUGGAGGAUAACUGAGGAACAGCGAGAAUAUUACAUCAACCAGUUCAAAUCCCUACAGCCUGAUCUGAACUCUUUCAUUUCAGGUUCCGUGGCUAAGAAUUUCUUCACAAAAUCCAAGCUUCCCAUCCCAGAGCUUUCUCACAUAUGGGAGCUGAGCGAUGUAGACUGUGAUGGAGCGCUGACGCUGCCAGAAUUCUGUGCUGCAUUUCACCUCAUUGUUGCUAGGAAGAAUGGUUAUCCGUUGCCAGAUACGCUUCCGGAGACCUUACUGCCAGAUUACCUUCACCCAGCUUCCCUUAAGCCUAAACGUGACUGCGCAUUAUUGGAUUCUUAUUCUGACUCAUUGCCAGUUAGUCAACAGACCAGGGACUUUAAUCGAACUGAGCUUGAAACUGUCCGUGAAGAUCCAACCAACUCAGAGCCGUUGAUUCUCUUUGAUGUGGCGACCUCUGUUGUUGAGCCAACAUCGGUUGAGGAGAUGCCUGAUAAAUCUGCCCUGACACAAGAUGCAGAUAGUGAUGACAGUCAAGCUCUGAACAUAAGCACUACUGCCAAAACAAUACCAAAGGAUUUUAAACCAUCUCAACACUUGUCUGUCAAAACAGUUGUUCAGGAAUCGAACACACUCAAGGCAAGACCAAGAUCCAGGUCCUAUUCUAGCACAUCUAUUGAAGAUACAAUGAAAAAGGGGGAAGAGCCCCCUACACCCCCACCAAGGCCCCAGAAAUCACAUUCCAGAGCCUCCUCCUUGGACCUAAAUAAAAUCUUCCAGCAAAACACACAAGCUGUGAAGUCAGGCUGGUUACCACCACCACCUGCCCUGCCCCCUAGGCCUUUUGUAUCACAGCAGGGUCCUCACCAUGUCACAAAUACCGAGCCUGUUGCACAGGCCAAAUCCAGCUAUGCGGAGUUCAGACUAAAAGAACAGACAGAACAAGUAUCUGAGAUUGAAUUACAUCCUCAGAUGAAUAGAGCCCCAUCACAGACAGAAGAAAGCAGCCCAACGAGAAAGGAGAUUCUGCUUACUCAGCCACCAUCCAAACCAAUCCGUAGGAAAUUCCGCUCCGAAAAUCAGAUGUUGGAAAACCAGGAGCUUACUUCCACUAGCAGUGUGACCUCUUCUUUGCCUCCAGCCAAACCCCAUCUUCCUGCCCAAAAACAGUCUUCCAAGCAGAAGAGGGCUAUUCAGACUGCUAUUCGUAAAAACAAAGAAGCCAAUGCGGUGCUAGCCAGGUUGAAUAGCGAACUCCAGCAGCAACUGAAGGAAGUUCACAAAGAACGAAUUGCAUUGGAGACUCAGUUGGAACAGCUUCGUCCUGUAACUGUCUUGUGACCUUCAGUACAUUAUUCAAUGGCAAUAAAUGGACAUUUGUGCCAAGACUUUUUGACUCGGUUAGCACAACAAUGUAAAGUCUAUGUAAAGUUUUCACUGAGGCAAUGGCACUGGGAAAAGUGGAAUGUGAGUUGGGGUGGUUGUUUUUUUUUGCGCACCACUGUCCACAUUUUCUCUUGCGGAUGAAGAGGGUAGAUGAGAUAAAUGUCAAACGAUAGGUUAUGUCUAAGAAAUGAAAGGUGUUUCCUGCUUGUCCUUCAGGAUAUUACAAAAUGCAGUUAACCACCAAAAUCAGUCAUAUAACUCUGAAAUUAUUAGUGGUUUAUUUAUUUAAAGAAUUCCUGAUUUAUGUACUUUCUUGAAAGUCAAUUAUUAAAAGUUACAUGCAUUCAAAAUUCUUCUUUAUAUUUAAAGUUUCUAUUCUAAGGUGGUUUCUUCUACGUUUCUGAUUUCACAUAGGUUUAUACCAGGUGGUAGUGUCUGUGGUUUUAAAACACAAAAGAGAAUAAAAAUAAUUGUACAGAUAGUCUAUAUUCACAAUCACGUCACUUCAUUGUCUUUUUAGUGCCAUUUAUGAUUAUUGGUCAUUUAUGUCUUAUAAAUAUUGCAGGGUUUGUGUUUUAUAAGGUAAAUCAUGUGAAAAUGGAGUUCUGAGAACUAAAAAGUGUUGAAACGUGCUGAUUUUUAGAAACUUUUUUUUAAAGCUAUACCCCACAGGGAAAGUUAGAAAUGGGCAUGUUUCUCUGUAUGUAAUUAAUGUGUGCUUGUUAAAACAAGAGCAUUGUAAUUUUACCAAUGGAAGUUAAAAUGAAGCAUAUAUUGUGCUUGUCUUUGGAGACAUGGGUUUUAUUUCAUGUUUGUUUGCAUUGGUCUGCAUUCCUGUUAAACUAGCUAUUGCGUUUUUUAAAGGACCUGAACUCGAUGUUUGAUUCCAAAUGAAAUAAAUGUAUGUAUAUGCUCUAGGUAGGAUUUUUAAUGACUAUGGUGUGAAGAAAUGAAUCCUACAAGGGAUUGUCCGUUGAGUGGCCUUAAUAUUGCACAGGAGAUGCUCCUUCCAGAAUGAGGCUCCCAGGACCUUUCCCUUCUCUAAAGGGAGAGUCAAAGGCUAUAGUACUCUAUCUGGGUCUGAUCUAGGGCCAGUUGAAGUCAAUGGGCAUCGGAUUAAGUCUUCUUUCUAAUGAACCUUUUAAUUUUUGGGCCAAUCCUCAUAUAACAGGUAGUUUUAGAAGUAAUGAAAUCAGCCUGUCCCCUUUGACAUAUGCCUCACUGAUGAAAACAUAGCAUGCACGCUGUCCUCUUUCUUUCCUUCCCCCCUCGCAGCCCCACAUGAGAUGCAUUGUAUAGUCCAUUGUUCAGUGAUGUAAACUAAGCGUCUGCAUUAAGUUUGCAAAAGCUCGGCAUACAUUUUCUUCUAUUAUUUUUGAUGUUUUACCCAUCUCAUUUUGGAAUGCUCCCCAAGGGUGGAUUAGAAAUAACUAGCCAGUCUCCUGUCAGGAUACAGUGCAAAAUGGAUAAAUGU